AUGGUUUUCGUUACAUCUGCAGGUAUAGCAGCCGCAAGGUCUGGGUGCUCUUGGUUCGGUGCCGCUCGUUCACCGGCUGCGUUGAGACGUACUGUGUGCAGUCGACGACCUCAGCAGCUGUUGGCGUCAGCGUACCCGGGCUCACGACCACCGCACGCCCACGAGGCUGUCCAUCACGACGGUGCGCAUCGGCCUGGCGAGCGAAAAGGUUUCGUACAGGAGAUGCGGGUUGUCGCCAUGCGCCUACACACGAAAGAUCAGGCGCGAGAGGGGAAGCAGGAGGAGUCAGCACUGCCUAUCACGGAAUGGCGUCCGACGCGCGCCGACUUUUUGCAGUUUUUGGUGGACUCCAAGGCAGUCUAUGAUUUUAUGGAGGGUUAUGUGGCCGGUGAGGCCUCAAAGGGAAACCCACUCUUCAAACCUUUCGUGAACACGGGCCUGGAACGCGGUCAGGCGCUGGCCUCUGACAUUGCCUGGUUCCGCGACGAACUCGGCUAUCAAGUACCCGAGCCGACCGAGGCAGCGCAGCGUUACAUAGACUAUUUGCGAGGUCUCUUCGAACGCAGUCCAGAGGCCGUGCUCUGCCACUGGUACAAUUAUUACUUCGCACACACCGCUGGUGGUCGAAUGAUUGGACGGAACAUGGAGAAUAUGCUGUUUGGCGACGGGCCCAAUGCAAAGCGCUUCGAGUUCUACAAAUGGGAGCGAGACGUCAAACAGAUCUUGGAUGAGGUACGUGAGCGAAUUGAUGAAGUAGCCAAGGAUUGGCCCCGGGAAGUCAAGGAUGCAUGCUUGAACGAGACCGGCCUCGCUUUCGCGUACAGUGGAACCAUUCUAAAUAAUCUCGCGAAACGCGCCGAGGAGCCGGCACCAGCAUCGUGA